AGAAAUGUCAACGUCAGACUUCAAUCAAAACAAAGUAAAAGUUGCAUGUUAGUUAUAUUUGCGCAAUAAACCAUUAAUAAAGCUAAUAAUAAUGGUUAAAUUUUCAUUAGAAGACAGCGACCCUUAUUAUUUAACAUUAUCGGAACAUCCAAAAAGAUUUGACGCUGAUAGUCCUGUUACGAACGUAUUUUUCGAUGAUACCAAUGGACAAGUAUUUACGGUCCGAUCCGGUGGUGUUACGGGGGUCACCGUCAAUAGUAUGGACGAAUCAAAAUGCACUUCAUUUCGAAUGGAGGAUAAAGGUCCUAUUAUUUCGAUAAAAUUCUCAUUAGACCAGAAAGUGUUGGCAAUACAACGUAAUAACGAAGGUCAGAGUGCGACGGUGGAGUUUGUAAACUUCAAAGACUUAAGUCCAACAAAUGUGGAGUACUCUCAUACAUGCAAGUGGAAAAAUUCUAAAAUACUAGGAUUUGUUUGGCCUAAAGCAAAUGAGAUUGCGUUUAUAACUGACCAUGGUAUAGAGCUAUUACAAGUUCUACCUGAAAAGAAGCAACUUAAAACUCUAAAGAGUGUUACAUUUAGUGGUGCUUGGUUCUCAUGGUGUGCACAGAGUAACAUAGUGGUGCUGGCGGGCAACAAUGGAGUUCUGCUACAGCCAUUCUACUUCAACAAUUCUACAAUCAUUAAGUUACAGAAGUUGGAAUUGGAAUCCUCUCGGCCGGUGGUGGAGCGCGACGUGUGCAUGUUGGUGGUGGGCGAGGUGACGUGGUGCGCCGUCUUCCGACACGCGCUCACCGCCAUCGCCGCGCCCGGACCCACAGAGAUAUGGCUGAUGCCGCUGUCGGGCGCGGGGCAGGGCACGCACGUGCUGAAGACGGGGCUGGUGGGCAGGUUCGCGCUCAGUGUGGUCGACGACCUCAUCGCUGUUCACCAUCAGGUAUGAUUUCAUCCAGACGAAGUCAUGAAAAAUCUU